AAAACACUUUAAACCCUCUUUUGUUUGGGUGUAUCCGAUUCCGUAGCAAACACAUCCGAACUCUUGCACGGCGGUUCAGUAAUGUCUGAGAACGCAGCCAACAACAAGAGCAUCAUGGAGACCAAGAUUUGUAAAGACGCCAUCGUCUCUGAAUUACAGAAGAAGAAAGUUCAUCUCUUUUACUGCUUAGAGUGCGAAGAGCUUGCUCGCAAUAUCGCCUCUGAAUCUGACCAUAUCACUCUUCAAUCCAUCAACUGGAGGAGUUUUGCUGAUGGAUUCCCCAAUUUGUUUAUCAACAACGCACAUGGCAUCCGAGGACAGCACGUUGCCUUCCUUGCUUCAUUCAGUUCUCCUGCGGUUAUCUUUGAGCAGAUCUCUGUUAUUUACUUGCUCCCUCGCUUGUUUGUCGCUUCCUUCACUUUGGUGUUGCCUUUCUUCCCCACUGGCUCUUUUGAGAGAAUGGAAGAGGAAGGAGAGGUAGCAACUGCUGUUACCAUGGCAAGGAUUGUCUCUAAUAUCCCCAUUUCACGUGGAGGUCCGACUAGUGUUAUCAUCUAUGACAUCCACGCUCUGCAGGAAAGGUUUUACUUUGCUGACCAGGUUCUUCCUUUGUUUGAGACUGGUAUCCCGUUGUUGACUAAACGCCUUCAGCAGCUUCCCGAAACUGAGAAAGUCAUUGUUGCAUUUCCAGAUGAUGGAGCCUGGAAGCGUUUCCACAAGCUUUUGGAUCAGUAUCCCACGGUUGUGUGUACAAAGGUUCGUGAAGGCGAUAAGAGAAUAGUCAGGCUGAAGGAAGGUAACCCCGCUGGUUGUCACGUUGUUAUUGUGGAUGAUCUUGUGCAGUCUGGGGGUACACUCAUCGAAUGCCAGAAAGUAUUGGCAGCUCAUGGAGCCACGAAGGUGAGUGCUUAUGUAACUCACGGUGUCUUCCCAAAGAGCUCGUGGGAGCGUUUCACCCACAAGAACAAUGGAUUGGAAGAAGCGUUUGCUUACUUCUGGAUCACAGAUUCAUGUCCACAGACGGUCAAGGCCAUAGGAAACAAAGCUCCAUUCGAAGUCUUGAGCCUCGCAGGAUCCAUUGCUGAUGCUCUGCAGAUAUGAAGCAAUAGAGAGAUAAAGCCUGGUUCUUUUGCUCGUUUUGGUGAUUUUGCCUUGUUCUUGUACUCUUAAAAGAGAUUUGCUCCUAUCCUAGCUGAUCAGUUUAUGAAAUAAUCAUAUAACUUUUGCUGAAAUACUAGACACAUUGUUGAAACUUCGUACUCUCUUCUUGUUGAUUGAAUCGUCAAGUUCAUAAA